AUGACACAAGGGUCCACGACUGGAAGCAGCAGCAGCCGUCGCAUACAGAAUGGAGGACGAGACGAGCACGAACUGCCAUCGGCCAAGCGUGCGCGUACAGAUGAAGUGCUGAGUGAGUCAUGCGAUACAGGAGCGGGCGAAAAGUUUCGAUGGAAAAAGAAAGAGGUGCAAGAACAGCGCGCAGGGCUCUCGCGAGAAGAAGCUGAGCGACGCGACGCUGAGCGGCGUGCUGAGGCUGAGCGAGAGGUGGAGCGACUCGCCGCGCGUCGCGAGCAGCGCGAGCGUGCAAGGCAGCAGCGCGAAGAGGAGGAGCUUCUCCGUGCGCGGCAGGCGGAAGCGAGUGUCAUGGCAGACUGGGUUGCGAAAGAGGACGAGUUUGUGUUGGAACAAAACAAGGCACGUGCUGUGAUCCGUGUGCGCGAUCAUCGAGCGCGACCAAUCGACUGGUUUGUGGUGCAACUUCUGUGGACAGAGGUGCCCACCCCAGUGUCGGCUGAUGAAGAGAAUAGUGAUGAUGAGGGUGAUGAACUUGACGACACGUUGGACAUACACAUGGACGAGCCAGUUGCGUUUAUUCGCUCGUUACUUCCGGGUGAAUUACGUGAGCUUCAUUCAGAUGUACUGACGCUUGUUCGGCUUGACAAGGAUGCGAAGAGAGCCGCUUACUGGAAGGAUGUGUUGCUUGUUUGCGAUGAGCAAUUGAGACAUUGUGACGCAGUACAGAAUGAUGCACAGCCUGAGCGCAUCGAUGCCUCCAUAGUAGCUGAUGUCGAUGCCAUGCUCGCAGACAAGUCAGCAGAUCAGCUGUUGGAUCUACAGACAUCCGUGCGCGCGAAGCUGCGCUCUGGCGAGCCACUAGACGUCGAAUACUGGGAAGCAAUGCUAAAGCGGAUUGUCGUGUGGCGUAGUGCCGCAAAGCUGCGCGCCUUACAUGCGACUGUAACACAGAACCGUAUCGCCAAACUGCGGCUGCAGCAGCGGCGUGAAGCACGUCGGCAACAAGCAUUUGUGGCAGAACAGGCGCACAUGCAAAUGCACACGCAUAAAGGUCUGGAAGACGUCUGGGACGCGAACGAAAUGGAACCGGCUGGCCGAGAUAUCAGCGAAUUGCUAUAUGAAGAGCAGCACCUUCCCCGUUAUACCCUAGAAGCGCUACGUGACAAAUUGCGUGAUGCGCGGAAACAAGUCCUCCAGCAGGCAUUCGUGUCACACGUGCCUGCGGCCUGGUCAAUGACGCCAACCGUCGGAAUAGGAGCUUCAGCGGGUGCAAGAGCCGCUGAAGAUGGGAAGACCGAAUCUGUCGAAGAUAUGCUAUUACGAAAAGAAGCAUCGCGUGCGAUGGGUGUGGAUGAAGAAGUGUUCGAUGACGACGUCCGUCUUGUCGAACAGGCAUACCACUGGGAAAGCAAGUAUGAAGCACGCAAGCCACGCUACUUCAACCGAGUGCACACGGGUUAUGAGUGGAAUCGGUACAAUCAAACACAUUAUGAUGCCAAUAACCCGCCGCCGAAAGUCGUGCAGGGCUACAAAUUUCAUAUAUUUUAUCCAGAUUUGAUUGAUCCAUUCAAAGCACCGACGUACCGCGUGCAGCCUGAUCCUGAUGGACCUGGAGAAACGGUCCUUUUACGCUUUAGCGCUGGCCCCCCCUAUGAAGAUGUGGCUUUUCGUAUUGUGCAGCGAGAAUGGGACUAUUCGUUCAAACGUGGCUUUCGCAGCAGCUUUGAUCGUGGCAUUCUACAAUUACAUUGUACGUGUACAUACAGAGAGAGAAGGAGAGCACCUAAGGACUAA